AUGGAGAGCCUAGAUGGAGAUGAACUCUGCUACCCACAACUCAACUCCUCCUGCAAGAAACCAACACAUCCGUACACUCAGGCCAUGCUGAUCUAUGUCCUGCUUUCAUCCAUCUCUCUGAUCACUGUGGCUCUUAACCUGCUGGUCAUCAUCUCCAUCUCACACUUCAGGCAGCUCCACACCCCCACCAACCUCCUCCUCCUCUCCCUGGCUGUCUCCGACCUGUUUGUGGGCCUCCUGCUGAUGCCCGUUGAAAUAAUCUACAUCGAGGCCUGCUGGUUUCUCGGUGACAUCGUGUGCACUCUGUAUUACGUUAUCGACUACAUCAUCACAUCUGCUUCGGUAGCAAACAUGGUGCUCAUAUCUGUUGACCGCUAUAUAGCCAUUUGUGACCCGAUGCAUUACGGCACCAAAGUCACAAAGCGGAGAGCACAAAUCCUGGUGUGUCUGUGUUGGAUUGUCUCUGUUUUCUACAGACCUCUGCUUUUGUACGAUCACCUAGAAAAGCCGGGCCGGUCUAACUCUUGUUUGGGAGAGUGCCUUGUUGUCAUUAACUACAUUGCAGGAGUUAUUGACCUUGUUUUCUCCUUCAUCAUACCCAUUACUGUCAUCAUAGUUCUGUAUUCGAGGGUGUUUAUAGUGGCUUUGUCUCAGGCUCGAGCCAUGCGUUCCCAUAUUGCAGCUGUAACAGCGCAGCGUUCAGGGACAGUAACCGUGAAGAAAAAAGAGAUGAAAGCAGCCCGGACUCUCGGUAUUGUUAUUGUUGUGUUUCUGUUCUGUUUCUGUCCGUAUUAUUUCCCCGCUCUGGCAGGCGAAGACACUUCCGUCGACGCUUCGUCUGCAGCUUUUGAGAUCUGGUUGGCACAUUUUAACUCGUGUUUGAACCCGGUCAUCUAUGCCUUUUUCUACCCCUGGUUCAGAAAAUCCAUUAAACUCAUCCUGACACUUCAGAUACUGAAGCCUGGUUCCCGCGAGGCUCAAAUACUAUAG